GUUUUAUUUCUUGUUUGCUUGGGUCUGUGAUCCUCUUCUUUCACCAAAAAAAAAAAAAAAAACUAUAUAAACACAAACAUUUUUAAUUAAAUAUUUCCACUUCUUUCUUUCUUUCUCCAGAAAUUUCUCCUUCUUCAGACAAUUCAAGGGUGAAGAUGCAGGACGAGAGAGACACACAGCUGAGUGACCCAUUUGACAUGUUUGGUGGUUUUGGAAACUUUGGGAGUUUUGGUCGUUCAACUUUUGGGAGGAAUCUUUUUGAUGAUCCAUUUUUCACACGGCCAUUCGGUAAUAUGUUUCCUUCAAAUGGCUAUGUCCCUGAUUCACCCCUAGUGGUUCCACCAAGUGGACCUAUGAUUGAGGAACUUGGCUCCGAUGAUGAAAUAGAAGAGGAAAUGGAAGAUAAUGCUGAGGAAGAUCAGAGGAGUAGUAGACCUGUCAAUGAGCCUUAUGUUGAUCAUCCAGAUGAUGAAACUGGUGACAGUAAUGACAAAGCGAAGUAUAGGACAGACUUGAACCAGGCUGGAGGUUCACAGGUCCAAUCAUGUAAAGUACACAGUUGCAAAGUCACAUAUGGUGGUGUAGAUGGAGUGUAUUACACCAGUUCAGCAACCAGAAGAAUGGGAAGUGAUGGAAUUAUCAUGGAAGACUGCAAAGAGGCAGACAAGAGAACAGGUGAAGCAACACAUAGGAUAUCGAGGGGACUUCAUGACAAGGGCCAUUCAGUUACUAGGAAGCUAAAUUCAGAUGGCAAAGUGGACAUGUUGCAAACACUGCAUAAUCUCAAUAAAGAUGAACUUGGAAGCUUUGAAGAGGCUUGGAAAGACAAAGGUGGAAAGCAUCUGCCAUCAGAUCCAGGAUCUAGUGGUAGUGGAGUGAAUCGGAUAUCAGACUGGGGAAGGUCUCUCCUUCCAUCUACCAGAUAUAUGGGAGGUACAUGGGGAAGUACACCAGGCAACAAAAAUGUCGCUAAUCCUUCGGGCAACGGAACCAAAAAGGUCGUCAGGAUUCCUAUAGACUAGUUGGAUCUUCCUUAUAGCUCUUCGUAAAACUUGGAAAAAUUUUAACCACGAAUUAUCGAGGACACUGGAGCCUAGAGGCUUGUAGUCAUGCCCACAUACAUCUAUGUUGUAGUUUUGCACGGUUGGUGUUACCUUUAUCUUCUACAGUUUGAUUCACCGUGGAGGUGCUCUUGCUGAACUUUAUAUCUUCAUUUAUCUUGCACUUGUGAAAGUUGUGAGGAUUGUUGUUAAUCAUCAAUGAGCUGGAAUUUGGGUUACCAGUUAUGUAAGCUAUUCUGUUACUCCCAUUAUGCACUUACCUUGUAAUGGACAUAAUUUCAUGACAUUAGUAAUUUUCAAAUGGGGUUUUGAGAA